AGAUGGGAAAGUGCUUCCCUUCAGUCCAGAGCCCCCCAGCUGUGGAAACCUGACUUUGACUGAGUUGUUACUUUCAGUCGGAAGGAUGUCUUUCCUCUCCACUUUUGGCACGCAGGUCGCAGCCAUCAUGGAUGUGUUAGCGAAAGCUGCGGUCGCCGAAAUAACGAAGCUGGUAGAGGACGGGACGCUGGUUCUGCGUCUGGAGUUGUGUCAGAGAGACGGUGAGAUUCGGGAGCUUAGAAGAAGUUUGAAGCUGAUGGAAGCUGAACUCAGCAAAGCUCAAGAAGCAGCCAUAACGCGUAUUACAGAGGACAGGCCAGAGGAAACAUCAGCCGGGAGCCAGGUCUCCCCAAGAGCUGCAGGUGAAAAAGAAGCUCAGCAAACAUGUGCAGUACAUCUGGAACCAACGACUGCUGAUACUCUCUGCAAGCCUCGACACGGAACAGAAGAGGGCUGGGAUAUGAGGCCAGUGGUGAAACACGAACCAACAGAUGAGCCUGAAAUCCAUGAAACAACAGACAGCAACGUUUGCUUUGUGGCAGGAGAGCAAGAUGACCUGAUGUGGCCUCAUCCUGUUUGCAGCAUGUUUGACAAAACCUGUGUUGCAAUUCAGCAGCACAUACAGACUUUCCCUUCUCACACAGAACAGUUCCCUACUCAUAGAGACAGAGUAUGCUCAUAUAACUCUUCAUCAACUACAGCAGAGGAAAUUGCAGAUGAUUCCUUAAUUGUGCCAGCGAUAGUAGAUACUCGACCUUUGUGCAUGGGAAAAACCACCUCAGACUCUGGUCACAACGAACAGUUUAGACAUGUUUCAUGCCCCGCACUCAGUCAGACUCAGUGCUUGCAGCCUGCUUUACAACAGGCUGGGCUGUCACUCGCCCCCUCUCAUGCGCAGAGGUCCACAGCAGACACUGAAGAUCACAUCUUUGAUAGAAACAACCUGAGAACCAAAAGGCUAAUGAGACCAAGUCAGAAACUGUUCAUCUGCCCUGUAUGCAACAAGGUUUUCCCCUACUUGUCUAAGCUGGAGGAGCACAAGUGCACCCUCCACCAAUGGAAACCUUUUAGGUGCCUCGAAUGCGGGAAGUCUUUCACUCAGAAGACCCGGCUGAAGACACACCAAAGUGUGCACACAGGAGCCAGACCGUUUAGCUGUAAGGUCUGUGGGAAGGUGUUCUCAAGGCAGGACAACUGCUUGAGACACGAGAGGUUCCACAACAAGAUGAAGCUGUACAGCUGUAGCAGUGUGGCAAAAGCUUCACUGUGCCAGGAAACCUGAGAAUACAUCAAGAUAUUCACCUGCAAGGAAGAUGGCACCUGUGUUCUCAGUGGCAAUUUAUGAGAGAAAAUUUGCCCAAAUAUUUAUCUUGGUAUUCUUUAGGUGUGUUCAGGUGUGUUCAGUCAGUCAGAAGCUGGAAGAUACCAAUUCACAUUUACAC